UGCCUUGUAUCUCUAUAAACAUCUCUACAUACAUACAUGUACAUGUAUGUGUAUCUCAUCUCACUUGUUAAUCCGAAGAGAGAGAGAGAGAGAGAGAGAGGCGACAGGAAGUGCGAGAUGGUUGAGAAAGAUGAUGGAUUAGGGUUGAGUUUGAGCUUGAAAUGUCUGCAGAAUCAAAAUUCUAAUCCUCCGCCGUCGCCGUCGCCGCUUCCAACUGCGGCUUCUCCUUUCCCUUUGAAUCUUUUUGGAUGUCCGUUGCCUAAUUUUAUGAAGCAGCGCAAAUCUUCAAGCACUGAUGCAUAUCAUGAAUCAACUGCUGAUCGUAAUUCGGAGAUGAGAUCAUUAUUCCGGGGAAUCGAUGUGAACCUGGCGAUAACAGCGGCAGAUGUCUGUGACGAAGAAUUGAUGGUUUCGUCGCCAAACAGCACCGUCUCGAGCGUCAGCGGUAAGAGGAGCGAGAGAGAAGAAAACGACGGAGAGAGGGACUCCAGUUCUCUAGAGAUCAACGACAGCGACGGCGGCGACGCGGCGGGGAGGAAGAAGCUCCGCCUGUGUAGGGAGCAGGCGGCGGUGCUUGAAGAGAGUUUCAGGGAGCACAACACGCUGAAUCCGAAGCAAAAAAUGGCGUUGGCAAUGCAGCUAAACCUUACCUCCAGACAGGUUGAGGUUUGGUUUCAGAAUAGGAGGGCAAGGACAAAGUUUAAGCAAACAGAAGUGGACUGCGAGUAUCUGAGGCGAUACUGUGAAAAUCUAACAGAGGAAAACCGACGGUUGCAGAAGGAGGUGAACGAGCUCCGUGCUCUAAAACUCUCCCCACAGUUUUACACCAACACCAGCCCCCCGACCACCCUCACCAUGUGCCCCCAAUGCAAGCGUGUGGCCGUCCCAUCCUCAUCCUCCUCCACCAACACCACAUCUACACCCACUGCCACAACCAGUGGCCGAAUCAGCCGUCUCCCAACCACCGGCCGCUGUCCACUAUGACCCAACCGCCCAAGAAACAAGGGUAGAAUGGUAACUUCCUUCUCAUGGCAAAUGAGGGAUGAGGGUGGUAACUGGUAAAGGCUCCUUUCAAGAAGGGACAGCAAGAAAAGGCAAAAAGAAGUGGAUUUCAUCAGGUUGGGAAUGCAGGAUAGAAGUAGUAGAGAAUCUUGCAACUUUUUUCUCCUUUACCUUUUAUGUUAAUCUGGAUAUGAAUGAUGAGUGAUUAUGACAUAGAAAAGUUGGAUGAUUAGUGUUGGGAGAAGAGGUUACAUUACCAGAAUCCAGAAAGAUAUUAUUAAUAGGGAAAAAAUACAAGCAA